CAUCAUAACAUCUCAGCCUUGUCCAGAAGAAAAACCUAAACAAUUGGCAUCUAUUCCUUGAAGAUGGAGUAUCACAUCUCAAAGGAACAGAAAGAGUUCUUCGACAAGAACGGUUACCUAAUUCUGAGAGAUGUCUUCAACGAAGUCGAUGUUGAAGGUCUCCAACGAUGGUCACAAGAAGUACAUGAUCUGCCGAGAACAGCAGAAACGCCAUGGAUGCCAUAUGAGGAGAUCAAUGCUACUGGGAACCGAGUUCUUUGUCGAACAGAAAACUAUGCCAACUACCAUUCCAACUUCAAUGCUUUGUUGCGAGGUCCAAGACUGUUGAGUAUCUUGGGACAGCUUGCUGAGGAAGAUAUGCUUCUAUUUAAAGAGAAAAUCAAUUACAAGCUUGCUGGAUCAGGAGGGUUCUCUCCUCACAUCGACAGCACAGCAUACACUCACGUAAAGAAUAUCAAGCAUCUCACGAUACUGCUUGCUGUAGAUGCAUCCAAUAUGUCGAAUGGAGGUUUAGAAGUUGUCGAGGGUAGCCACCUGAUGAGUGUUCCCAUUGAUCGUUCUGAUAACUGCAUCGAAAAGAGAUGGGUUGAAGAGCAGACUUGGGUUCCUGUGGAACUAGAACCAGGCCACUUGCUCAUCUUCGGAUCAUACCUUGCGCACAGAAGUGGAGCUAAUAACAGUAAUUCCAAUCGCAAAGCGAUAUAUGCUACAUAUAAUUGCAAGAGUGAGGGAGAUUUGCAUGAUGAGUACUAUGCCGAUAGAGCGAAGCUUUGGCCACCAACCCAUAAGCGAGUUCAGGGGGAGAAGUAUGAGGAGGGGUCAUUGAGAUAUGGUUUCGGAAGUCCAAUGUUGAGCGUGGACAUGGGAAAGCAGUUCGUUGUAUGAGAGAUUUGGAGCCAUUGAUGGAGAGUUUGGGAAUGAGUACCAUGCAAGUAAAAGAAAGCUGAAAAUGGCAGCGGAUUACCAUGAAGAUUUAGCGAUGAAGCGCUGAAAGUCCCAGCC